AUGGCAUCAACUUUCUUCAAGUUGCUUAGUUUGUUUUUGUUAGCAUCAAUGGUAUCUGCUAGUGAUCUUGACAUCAUAUUAGACUUCUUAGCGUUUGCAAACUCUAUAGCCCUUGAUGGAAAUUUCUUUACCUUCAUCGGACUUCACAGUAUAUACGAUGUUGACUAUCCACCAAACUUCAAGGUUACAAGAGCUAGCACAGUGGAGUUCCCUGCCCUUAAUGGCCAGAGUGUCUCCUUUGCAUCAUUGGAGUACCUUACAGGCACCCUCAACCCACCCCACAUCCACUCUCGUUCUGUUGAGCUUCUUAUCGUUGUUGAUGGAAGCCUUGAGGUUGGUUUUGUUGACACAAUCGGCAAGCUUUACACCCAAGCCCUCCAGGUUAUGGAUAUCUUUGUGUUUCCGAAAGGACUUGUUCAUUACCAAUACAAUCCUAGCCCUGAUCAACCUGCCAUGGCUAUUUCUACCUUUGGUAGUGCAAAUGCUGGAACUGUUUCUAUUCCAUCCACUGUUUUUGUCACUAGCAUUGAUGAUGAUGUUCUAGCCAAAGGCUUUAAAACUGAUGUUGCUACCAUUCAGAAGAUCAAGGCCGGUCUUGGAGCCAAGGCCAAGAUUUGA